AGGGCGCUGCUCCGCGUCCCCGCCGCCCGGCGCGCCCCCGCCGCAGCCUGGGUCCUGGGUGCGCACGCUCGCUCGCCUGCUUCCUGCCGCCACCGCCAGGGCCAUGGCGACCUGCCUGCGGCUGCGGAGCUGCGCGGCUCCGCACCUCCGGCGGGCACCUCCCAGCCGGAUCUGCCGCCCCAGUGCCGACUGCCCGGUGGCCCCGAUCCGCGGCUACGCCCGAGGCCCGGCGGGCCUCUCCUCGGCCCUGCUGCGCACCGACGGCUUCGUGGGCGGCCUCUGGGUCUCGGCAGCCGCCACCUUCCCGGUGCACGACCCGGCCAGCGGCGCCGAGCUGGGCUUGGUGGCCGACUGCGGUGUGCCCGAGGCCCGCGCCGCCGUGCGCGCUGCCUACGAGGCUUUCUGCAGCUGGAGGGGGGUCUCGGCCAAGGAGAGGAGUUCUUUACUUCGCAAGUGGUAUGACUUAAUGAUACAAAAUAAGGAUGACCUUGCCAAGAUAAUUACAGCUGAAAGUGGAAAGCCACUGAAGGAGGCACAGGGAGAAAUUCUCUAUUCUGCCAACUUCCUGGAGUGGUUUUCAGAGGAAGCCCGCCGUGUUUAUGGAGACAUUAUCUCCACCCCAGCAAAAGAAAGGCGGGCUCUGGUCCUCAAGCAGCCCGUCGGUGUGGCUGCAGUCAUCACCCCGUGGAAUUUCCCCAGCGCCAUGAUCACACGGAAGGUGGGGGCCGCCCUGGCAGCCGGCUGCACCGUGGUGGUGAAACCUGCCGAGGACACGCCCUUCUCCGCCCUGGCCUUGGCUGAGCUUGCAAACCAGGCUGGAAUUCCCCCAGGUGUGUACAACGUGAUUCCUUGCUCUCAAAAGAAGGCCAAGGAAGUAGGGGAAGCACUUUGUACAGAUCCUCUCGUAUCUAAAAUUUCCUUUACUGGUUCGACAGCCACUGGAAAGGUCCUGUUGCACCACGCAGCAAACUCUGUGAAGAGGGUGUCCAUGGAGCUGGGUGGCCAUGCCCCUUUCAUCGUCUUCGACAGUGCCAACGUGGACCAGGCUGUCGCCGGGGCCAUGGCCUCCAAAUUCAGGAACUCUGGACAGACUUGUGUGUGCUCCAACCGUUUCUUGGUCCAAAGCGGUAUCCAUGACUCUUUUGUGAAAAAAUUUGCUGAGGCAAUUAAAACAAACCUGCAUGUGGGUAAUGGAUUUGACGAGAGAACUACUCAAGGCCCGUUAAUUAAUGCAAAAGCUGUAGAAAAGGCAGAGAAACACGUGAGUGAUGCCAUUUCCAAAGGGGCCACCGUUGUGACAGGUGGGAAGCGACACCACGUUGGGAAAAAUUUCUUCGAGCCCACCCUGCUCAGCAACGUCACCCGAGACAUGCUCUGCUCUCAGGAAGAAACUUUUGGGCCUGUGGCACCUGUUAUCAAGUUCAACACAGAGGAGGAGGCGGUGGCGAUCGCUAAUGCGGCCGACGUCGGGCUGGCAGGUUAUUUUUACUCUCAAGACCCGGCCCAGAUCUGGAGGGUGGCGGAGCGGCUGGAGGUCGGCAUGGUUGGCGUUAAUGAAGGACUGAUCUCCUCUGUGGAGUGCCCUUUCGGGGGCGUGAAGCAGUCCGGCCUUGGGCGAGAGGGCUCCAAGUACGGCAUUGACGAGUAUCUUGAGCUCAAGUAUGUGUGCUUCGGAGGCUUAUAGGAUUAUUUAAAAAAUAAAAAGGGAGGUUUACCUAUGUAUGGGAACAUGCCAUCCAUUAUUUUAAAUAAACCCAUCAGGUAGCUGAACUAGGAAUUUUAAAAAACAAAUCAUCCAAUCCUUGUAAGCAGAUACAAAUCCUACCCCUCCCCUAGCUGACCUGGGACCAAUACAUGCCACAAGCCUGUGGCUACAGAUCCCUGAGAACCAGCAGUGGGUUUAUAGGAUGAGGCCCCGGAUCACCAGCCCCCACCGCCCCCACCCCCAGCCCACCCAACCCAUGACCUUAUCUGCCUCAGAGCAAGGUGCAACAAGCUGGUCCUGAAGCCCCCUCACCACAGUGGGACCACAGCCUGGGCAAUGACAUAGCCAGCACCCAUGUGGCUCCGGAGCUAAGACCCAGGGGGCUGCGGGGGACAUCUCUUGAGUGUGACUGACAGUCUGGGCAGGAUGCCGCUGCAUGCCUGGUGACCUGCCAGCUGGGUAUUCGGAGGUGUUGCUGCAGCGGCUGUAUCGGCGGUUUUUUUUUUUUUUUAAGAACUUUAGACACAGCACAGAAUUGCCUGAAUUUCUUUGAGAAAUGAAAGAACCCCUCUCUCUUUUUUGACUAGUUUUUAAACUGAAGGCUCCAUCAUCCUCAACCGCUUAAAGAUUCUGUGUUCAAUUCUUUGCUGUUUUUCCACAUCAUGUUUCUGAGAGAAAAUAAGCAUAAAGCAGAGUGUGGCAGCGGCGGCUUGGUGGCAGGAUGACCCACGCGUAACAGCCUGGCUGGGCUUUAUCUGCACAAACAUGCUGUCUACCCCCAACACCCACCCCUCAGUACAGUGGAGAUUCUGUUCAUGCCUUACUUAGCUCCAUGGGAUACUGUGAACCUAAGAGAAAGCAAACAUACAAUAUUUGCCAAAAGUGAAAAUUCGAUGUUAAGUGCGGGAGUCAUUGUUAUUAUGGGUAGCACCUCCCAGCCCAGCUUGGGUCUCCAGCAGUGGCUUUGCCAAGGUGAGGGGAGGCUGGUACCCACCUGCUCGGCAUCUGAGCCCGAGGGCAGGCUAGUCUCCCACAGCCUGCCCUUUAUGAGACGCUGCUCCUUCACCGGCAAGAGAGCGCAAAAGCACUUUGAGUACAGUGAUCUCAAAAGGGAAAAGAAUUUCCAUAGUUGCCCGUUGGAAGAGGCACUUUUUAUCCAAUGAGUUUUUAUAGCUCUUUUAAGAACAAAAAGCCCAACGAUCACUGUUUCCUGUUGCUCUGAAAGAAAAUCUCUAAGAAAACAGUAGGCUUUUCUGUACUGUGUCUCUAAACGUCCUGAUAUAUGAGGAAAGGGGAGGCUGGUCCUGGUGGAACAGACGGGGACGAAGCUCUCCCUUUUCCACUGUGUGUGUGUGUGUGUGCGCGCGCACACGCGCGUGCCCAUGCGUGCACACUCCACUGACAUCCUCUGGAUGUUUUGGGGAGCGGAAGGAAAACGUGAAUGAAAGGAGUGCUGGAGGCAGUUGCUCCUGGACCAGCCAGGACAUAGCACCCCUCACUGAGCCAUGGGAGCUGAACAGCUAUAGGAAGGUCUGAGAUGUCCCUGUGCACAGAGGUACCAAGGCCAGUCCCGGAGCUGCCUUCUGUUUGCCCUGGGUUACAUCAGCCGUCCCCCUGAGGCCCAGCUAAGCGAUCAGCUGAAGUCCACCUCCUAGUGACAGGCACUGCUCAGACCCUGUCCACAGUCACAUACACAUCAUACUGACCGUGAAUUUGCUUACUAGUUCUGGGGUUGUUUCAUGUAACAUUUUAAUUACUUAAUGUUUGGAUGUGUCCAUCUGUUUUCUAUUAACAAUAAAAAUGCUCUAAAUAGUUUUUAGAAGUCCAGAAUACUAGUGCUUGAAAUGUUUGGGGGAAUACGUUCAAAUAUGUUUGUAACUUUGUAACUCAGUAGAUACUUUGGCUUGAUGGCAGAUUUUGAGUUUUCUAGUAUAUCUGGUUGACCAGGUACACAGAUUGAGGGCCAGAGACUCACUGCCAUAUCCUUGAUUAAUUCUGGAAUUAAAAUAAUUUGAAAAGGAAAUAGCUUACUGUUUAGUAAAAUCGAUCUGGGUUGUGGGGAAAGACGUAUUUUUAAAUGAACAUUUAUGGGGGUUACUGUUCGGUAAGGUGAUCAAUUAUGUGAUGGAAUAUGUGAUGGAUUUGUUAAAAAUGUGUGUUUUAACGUUAAAUAGAAAAGGACCAUUAGACCAGGGAUUGGUUCACAGGCCAAAUCUUGCCUGAUUUUGUACAACCCAGAGCUAAGAAUGGUUUUUAUAUUCCCAAAUAGUUAGGGGAAAACAAAUCGAAAGAAUAGUAUUUCAUGACACAUGGAAAUUUUCUGCAAUUCAGAUAUCAGUGUCCAUAACUCUUUGCGAUCCCAUGGACUGUAGUUCGCCAGGUUCCUCUGUCCAUGGAAUUCUCCAAGCAAUACUGGAGUGGAUAGCCAUUCUGUUCUCCAGGGGAUCUUCCUAACCCAGGGAUCGAACCCGGGUCUCCUGCAUUGCAGGCAGGUUCUUUACCAUCUGACCCCCAGGGAAGCCCCAAAUAAAAUGUUAUUGGAACCCAGCCAUGCCCAUUCAGUUACCAUAUGAUCUGUGGCUACCUUCUAGGCAGAGCUGAGUAUUUGCACCACAGACAGAAUUGCCCACAAAACUCUUUGGCUUUUUACAGAAAUAGUUUGCCAACCUCUGAUCUAAACCAAGAGAGAGAUACUGACUUUCCCAUGUUUGUGAAGCAUUAUUUCAUUUUAUUGAACACCUACUGUGUAAAAAGUACUUUUCCAGACCUUGCUCCAGUGAAUUCUCCCCAAGAACUUUCCAGCAAUCGUCACAUAACUCAUCCGAAAUCACCCAGAUAACGGGAGUCUGUUGGCCUUGAGAAAACAAUUCUCAGUUUACUUUCCCCAGCUAUGCAGGGAUUCUCAUUUUAAACCUCCUCUGUACCUGUUAUCUUUAUCCAUUUGAGCAGCUUUUAAAUAUAAUUUUAUGUCAAGUGUUGGCUCAUCUACCUUUAAUUUUUAUGGAAAGACUUAGUGAAAGUAAAGAUCAGAAGCACAAUGGAGAAAAAUCUGUUUUAUUGUAAACUUAGAUCAUUAACUUUAACUGUUCCACAUGACUGCCUUCUCUGUAGGUUGAAGCCCAGAGCUUUAAUUAUUCGUAUGCGGCUAUGAUAGAUAGCAUUUUACUUGAAUAAUAUUUAUGCUGUGGUUUUUUUUCAUGCUGUAUUUUGUAGGAUAAAACUUGGGGAUAAGUGUAGUUGGAACUGUGAAAACAUUUUGUUUUUUAAAAAUGUACAUGUAAUUCACUUUCCAGUUUUUGAUAAUUGUGUAUGUGUGUCAAGGCAGCAGAGUUGUGCGUGUGUGAUUAAUAAAGGUUGAAUUAACAGAA